AGUAGAUCACUUGCACAUGGAUUGCUUUAAAUAGGUUCAUUCGUUGAUAGAUUUCAACAGUUGGGCUGAGUCCCCCAGAGUCGUCGGAUUGUCCUGAUUAUAUUCCAGUGAAAAUGAAUACCAUAGUUUAUUGCAUAUUAAUUGUCGAACUAUCGCUGGCAUACAUUUCUCCGAGUAGCGCUAACGAAAGAGACCAAAAUCAAAAGGAGGCUAAGAUUAAUUUUUUCAAUUUCGAUCCGAGAACAGGCACCUACAAUUUUGGCUACCAAACCGAGGACAACGGUCAGUUUCGCUAUGAAACUCGAGGACUGGAUGGGGUCACAUACGGUUGUUACGGAUAUGUAGGUCAAAACGGUCGUACUCGAGUGACUCACUACGUAUCGGACGCACACGGCUAUCGUGUGAUACAACCCCAAUUUCCGGUGCAAAUUUUCUUCAACGAUCCGUCUGUGAAUAAUUCCGAAGCAAAAGAUUCUAACGACAGUGAGAAACCCGCUAUUAAAAGUGAGCUACGCUGGACUGGAUUUUUCCUUCCGCGGGCUUGCGUUGGAAAUCCAACGCGUCCACCGAGUAUCAACCCUGGAAUCCAGACACAAUCACCCACCAAACCUACGUCCGUUCCUAGACCGACGAUACAUCCGAUUACUCUACGGCCAACUCCUGCGACCAAUCAAAACGGAACUAUGUGGCAUCCCUGUUGUCAUCAGACGAAUACGCCAUCUCCAUCGGUUAGCGGUCCGCAAGCUGAUGUCCCGCUGUUGGGACCUGUACUUGGUCUCGUUGGAGGUCUUCUCGGUGGUUUACUGGGGGCAUUGAGUAUUGAUCUGAAUCUUGAUUUAAUUCCAGCUUACUAUCUACCAUAUUUCCAUGAUGUACCAUCGAACAUUCGGCAUAUUCCAUGUGAUGAUUGCGGUGACGACUCCUCGGGAUAUUUGGGUCUCACGCCGACUGUCUUCGUGCCGAAAACACUUGCUGACAGAAUUGGGCUUUCGGCUGCGUUUCAAACUGGCUCUAAAAAUAUCCACAAUGUAGCUAAUAUGUUUCAGCUGCUGAAGGAUGUAGAUGGCAGCUGGCGAGCUCAAAUGGCGACCGAAGGCGAUAAGGGGAAAGCAUCAUUAUAAAAAUACAGAAUAAUCGGUUGGGCUGUCGAAAGUGAGGUGUGAUUACAUGAUAUGAAUUAUGAAUAAAAACAAAAUACCGACGUGUAA